AUGGAGUCAAAACUGGUCAACCGGAUCUCCGGUCUAAAAGUCUCCAAUUCAGAUCCUUGUUUCCAUCAUGAUCACGAUGAUCAAACCCAGAAACCCACGUUGGAAAAUCCCGAACAGCCCUCGGAUCACGAUCAUGCCCUCCAUGAUCACCCACAACAAGAACAACCCAAGAACGGCGCGGAUCACAUUAACACUCCCGCAAAGCAAGAACGGCGAACGACGGAGUCGGUUGACGUAGACGACGAUGACGACGGGUUCAAAACGCCGACGUCGCUGGAGCACAGAAUCCCGCCGAUGACAAAAUGCCCGCCUGCGCCAAGAAAACCGCUGCGGAAGAGAAAGGUGGUGACGUCAUCGUCAACCAGUCGCAGAAGGAUCCAAUUCCAAUUCGAUCAUCUGGACACAAAAGAACUGGAGGCAUUCUUUGCGUCAAAUUUUCUUCUCCAGGAUUUGCGCGCCAAGAUCAAAAAGGCCAAACAAGCUCAUCGCGACGAAACCCGGUGA